CAUCGUCAGAGUCCUUGUUUAGCCCAAAACUUAUACGCAAUCGAUCUCUUCUCGUUGCUGAAGGGUUGCGUCAUUCGUCGAAUUCGAAUAGACAAUUACGAAAAUUAUGGGUGGCGGUGGAGCAUUCAGAGCAGCGGCGAAGGUCGCCGGAGCAGCCGCUGCGAACAGCGGAUUCCGCUCGGUGACGGCGGAGCAUCCAGUCUACGCAGCCGCACGCAACGUCGCCCGUCCGGUGUCGAUCUCAGGUAUAUCGUCAACAUCGGAAGAUGUCAAGUCUGCUAUGGUUACGGCUUCUCACGGUGGAUCAUCGGAUGUGUCGUAUGUGCCUAAGAUGGUUUCUGAUUUUGAUGACUGGGAGAUGGCCGGCGGAGAGGAAGAAAUGAUGGUUAAUCCUGGUGAACCGCUGCCACGACUCGUAUUUGGUGGAGCUCCUUCUCUUCAGGAAGCUACAGAGGCUACUUCUGAUCUCAAAGAUGCUCUGGUAUAUUUGUCUGGAUCUGCUAAUGGAUAUGGGGGAUCUUGUAUAUCCGGCUCAAGCUCAUCGCCCGUCUCCAAAGCCUGUGUUGUCAGCGAGACUAUAGUCACAAAGUCUGUGCCGAAACAUGCUGUUCAGGCAUAUAGGGUUCUGAGUGAAAUUCCUGCUGCUCAGAACGUUGUUGCUUCAAUUGCUUGUGACCCAAAUGUGUGGAAUGCAGUACUGCAAAAUCCAGCCCUUCAAGAUUUCCUCGAGUCACAGAGAUCCAGUGAGAAAUUUGCAGGUGCGUCAUUCCCCGACUCGGAUCAAGAGAAAGAUGAAUCGGUUGCUGAUACUGCUUCCUUUUCUGAAUCAUCCCCAUGGAAGCCAUUUUCUGAAUCUAAGGCGGAAGAGUCUAAAUCUGGGAACUUUUUUACAAGCUUUUUGCAGAAUGUUACACAAACAGUGGUUGAUAUGAUGGACAGCUUAUCAGAUUUCUUUAACAAUCUCUUUGGAGGCAACAAGUUUUUUGUUGAUGCUGAUGGAAGUGCUAAAUUUGGCGCAGUGGAGAAGACACUUGGAGCAUCUUUCAUGGCUUUGGCAGUCAUGGUUAUGAUGGUGGUCGUCUCAAAACGCAGUCACUAAUGAUGUCUUCAAAGUUUUAACUAUUUGAAUUUGCCGAACUUACAUGACUAAAACUAUUUGAAUUUGCUGGAACUUACAUGACUAAGUGUUACAGUUUCUUCUAGAACAGGUUCUGAGGUUUUCGUCGAGGGUUUCUGGUCCAAUGACUUGUGGAAGUGGCUUGUAAAUAAAAAUAAAAUCAUUAUAGACAAUGUUUCUGUUUUUUGAUUCUUGGCUUUGCCAUCUCAAUGCCAUUCAAGUUGAUCUUUCCAUUCA